AUGAUCAAGUUUCUAUUACCUUGUAUAUUUAUUAUAUUCAGUGUAAAUUGUCAAAAUGUGGUGAAAGAGAAAAUCAUAAUAGACAAUGAUGCGGGCGGAGAUGAUGCUAUGGCCAUAUUCCUUACUUUGUUGUACGAGAAGAAUUUUGACGGGCCACAUUUAGCGGCAUUGACUACAGUAAAUGGAAAUACAAAUGAAGACAACGUGUGUCAUAAUAACCAGAAGGUUCUGAAGAUCGCCAACAGAACGGAAAUACCAAUCUACAGAGGAUCUAAGAACUCUUUAUCGAACACUCCGGUCGAUAUGCAUUACUACGGUGAGGACGGCCUAGGAGACAACGACGAUAUUGUUACAGACUUGGUUCCAGCAGCCAAUCAAAGUGCUAUUUCAGCUCUAAUUGACUAUUCCAAGCUUUAUGAAGGAAAUUUGACCGUUAUUACUAUUGGAACUUUAACAAAUGUGGCAAUAGCAAUGACGCUGGAUCCCGGUUUUCUAGGACGUCUUAAACAUUUGUAUGUAGGUGCUGGGACUGUUCACUCCGGAAAACAUCAACGACCAGAGUUUAACGCAAGAGUGGAUGCCGAAGCAUAUCGUAUAGUGGUUCAAAACGCGAAUCCUGACAAAGUAACUAUGGUACCGUUUUCGCUAAUAGACGAAUAUUUAACUUUUACAAAGGAAUGGAGAUUUAACACAUUUGGUGCCAUUGAAACUGAAAUAAUAGCAAAUCAAAACAGAUUUGAGAGAGUAUCACUCAAAAAUGACGUUGCGUGGCAAAGUCUGGACCCAGCAGUUGUCACUUUCUAUCUCAGACCAGACUUGGUUAAUGAAUACAAGUAUUCAGAAAAUGACAUUAUACUCUGUGGUGAUGGAAGAGGAAUAACAACGAAUAAAUUUGUCUCAAAAGAAAAAGCUAACGUUAGAAUUAUAUACUCGGUUAAAGCAGAAGAAUAUAGACAAUUUUUGUUAGAUGUUUUUGGGUAUGAUUCAAGAAAACCAGUUGAUUAUAAUAAUUGA